ACAUGAUUGUGCAUAUUCCGAGACAGCAGUGCUGCUUAAACACGGAGCGAUGCACAGUGCGUAUGCGUCACAACUGGGUACUAUUAUAUUAACAGCGGAGUACAGCAAGGUAGUGGUGCACGGAGUCCGAAAUAAAUAUUAAAAUCACCAGGAAGAAACUAAACGAGAAGAGGAACAGGACACGCCAAGGGAAUGGAAUUCCCUGUGGAUUUACUGACAACCUUGAGUCAUGAAGACCUGGAGCACUCAGCUGAGGACUACAUGUCUGACCUGCUGUACAGCGACCCCAACGACCCACAGUACUUCACUCUGCCCAACCGAAGAAAGAUUCCCCUGAGUCUUUCCUCUGUUGGCUAUGUGCCUCUGUACGGAGCCGAUCUGAAGCACAAAGUCUUGGCUCUCUUUGCACCAGAGGACCAAUUCACAGCUGCUGCCCUGUAUUUGGCUGAGCAGUGGUGGGCUGUAGAAGAUAUCUUAAAAACCUCAGUCCCCUCUCGAAAGGGACUGGUGAAGGUGAGAUCACUGGGGGAGAGGAUAGUUCUGUAUGUCCUCAAUCGCAUUGUUUACAGAGCCCGGGAAAUGACCACCAGCCAGGUUCCGUUCCUUUGUCACAGUCAAACCGAUUUUGCUAAAAUUCUCUGGAAAGAUGGAGAGGCUGUUGGAUUUUAUUCGGUCAAACCUGAAGGAAGCCUGUGCAGCAGCUUCCUCACCCUGUGCUACCAGCUCCCAGUCCUGGACUCCAUAUUCCUGAGGAAGCAGCACCGUGGCAAGGGACAUGGCAUACAGAUUCUGGAAGAUUUCGUCAACUGCUUUACAGAGGACACUCUGGGCUUGAGAUACCCACUCUCGCCUGCCAUGUACAAAGUGUGUGCACAGUACCUGGACAAGUACCCAGGAGACCAGGACCUGCUCUGGGAAGUUGAAGGAAUCGGAGUCUUGUUCCAGAGAGUCCGCUUAUCCAGCAGAAUCCAAGCCCUUGCUCUGAAAGAAACACACCAAGCUGUGAGAGAAGAGUCUUUGCCUCAGGCUGUAUCUGAGAGUGAACCCGUCGAAUCUGAAGAGCUCAUGGAAACAGAAGCACAGCAGAACUCUGACGAGGCAGGGAUGGAAACAGAAGCACAGCAGAACUCUGACGAGGCAGGGAUGGAAACAGAAGCACAGCAGAACUCUGACGAGGCAGGGAUGGAAACAGAAGCACAGCAGAACUCUGACGAGGCAGGGGUAGAACCAGCAAAGGAUGAAGAACAGAUGAACAGUACAGAGAUUGUUUUAGAACAUUCUGCAAACACGCCUGUGUCAACGCGCACCAGGAGCAGUCACUACAGGAGGAAGAGAUUAAGAGAAGAGGAGGAGGAGGAGGAGGAGGAGGAGGAGGCUAAAAUAAGCGCUCCACAGCCAACACCUCCAGACAGGACUAUCAGUUCUGAACCCGUGGAAGCUGCAGCAGAAACCCCCGUGGAGGAGGAACCAGACGAGGAAGCUGAGGAACCACAAACACACCAACCUGAGGCAGAACCUGAGGAGACACUGGAGGAAGCAAAGGGAGAGGAGGAGGAGCAGGAGGAGCUGGAAGCCGAGCUGUUAAAAAAGCCUGACGUGGAGCCCGUCAACGGGGAAGUGACCGAUGAGCUGACCCAGACAUCUUCAGGGGCUGAGGAGGCGGUGGACAAAGAGCAUUCGGACACGGCGUUGAUCGUCCAGUCUGACAGCGUGGAGCAGGAGGCAGGCGUCACAGAGGCUGCAGAUGAGCCAGCGCAGGAAGACACACGAGACGAGGGGGAAGUGGAUGAAGUGGAUGUAGAAUCUCCUGAGGAGACACACGAGCAGGAAGCUGCCUCCCCAGAGGGAGACACAGAGAACGGGGGGCCUGUGGGGGACAAAGAGGCUGCCCCGGAAUCUCCUGACGACACCACAGCAGAGCCCUGUGAGGAAAUUGUGCAUGACAGAGCUGUGAACUCAAAGCAACCAGAAGAGACAACUGAGGAAGCUACUGAAACUGCUGGAAUAGCUGAAACUGAGGUGGCUGAGGAGAAACCAGAGGAAAGUUACAAUGACAAUGAAGCCGAACAGGAACUUCAGACCCCAAUGGACCUGAGUCAGGAUACGCUGCUGUUGGUGGAACUCAAAGACGUGUCUUUCCAGCCACAGAUGGAGGAACAGAAGGACCAAGUGAAAGAGCCAGACGAGGAGCCGGAGGAACAACCAGAGCAGGAUUCGACACCGGCUUCCAAGGAAAAGGCUGUCGAGAGCAACUCGGACGAGGCAGAGAGCGAGCCUCCCGUUGUGGACAGGAGAGUUCUGAGGAGGAAGGCUAAAGCGAGCAGGGGCCCAACUAAGAAACGCAGCAAGACUUCCACUUAAAAAAAUAAAACACAUUGACGGAGCAUCAGCAAAUCAGCGAAUGAUAUUUUCAAAUGAGGUGUAAUUGGCAUUGGGUACAGGAUUUUACUGGAUUUUUUUUUUCAUUUCUAUAACACUGCAAAACUGAACACUUUUUUAAACACUUUGAUUUUUUUAAGUACAAAAAAAAAAAAUCCCUUUCCCAAAUGUAACCAAGGAAUUUUAUAUUCACUUAAGUGCAGCAUUGUAAUUCGUAAAAAUUAGUCUAUUUGAAUGCUAGAAUUGGUUGUUGUCUUCAUCCAGAGUAUAAGUAGGUAUACAUCCUUUGUUUGGUUAGUUUAGACUUUGUUUGCGCAGUUUAGACUUCCGUAUUCAUUUGGUAUUUAUUGUCAAAGCACAAAAACUGUCAGCUUCACUAGCCUUGUCGUUCUUCCAUGCGUGACCAAUAUUGUCUUGUUAGUUGAGAAGACAUUCGUAAUGCAUUUUUUUAUUUGACAUUGUUUAAGGGUAGGCAUUGAUUUUGCUGUAGUUUGUUUAGCAAGGGAAAGUUUAAAGGUGUUUUAAGAAAUGUUGUCAGCCAUGUAAUGGUUCUUCUUUUGGUAGAACCAUUUGGUUUGGGAUUUCUCAGCUUUUAAUAAUAUUCUGAGGGUAAGAACUAUGAAUAUGUCAGACUCGUUAGUGUAUAAAAAGCUCAAAGAAUGGACGAAUCUCGAAUGGUCUUGUGACGUUGGAUUCAUUUCAUGUGGAUUCAUUGUUCUUAGGUGUUCAUAAAAGGCAACUAACAAUGUAAGAAAUGUGUUAUUUCUGGCAAGCAGGAUACAUGCUGUCUUGUUUACCAUCUUGUACACGGUACAGUGAGUUUCUAAUCAGGGUGCAAAGAGCUAUCUGUUCUAACACCCCCACAGCUGCAAUGUGUGUUCACCCAUAGGCAGGGGCAUUCCAUAAUGGGUGGGCUUGUGCUGUGCUGGUGAAGAUACAGCUGGGGAUAAGUCUAGCACUGGGCAGUGUCCGGUUUGUGGGAGUAGAAAUGAGGAAAUCAAAAUCAGCAGCAAGGCAUUAUUUUGAUUAAUUCGUUGGGAGACUGAAUACUUUACUUCAUCAAUAUUUUUACCUAGCGUUGCUUGCCUUUUCCCAUUCGUCAUGACCAACCUUCAUGAAUACAUGGAAAGCAUUAGCAUAUCAGUAUGUGCUGUUGUCCAACUGCACAAAUGCUUUAUGUAUACUGUGGUUUAUUUUUGUGUGUGUGUGUGUGUCAAAAUAAGAAACCCUAGAAGAAUUGAAUAGGCAAAGCACUGUUCUGUUGUGUUCUGUUCUGUUCUGUUCUUGGUCAGGACAUGGUCAUUUUGACACAUUCUUUUUGUGCCGCUUGUGUUUUUAGGUUUUAAAUCCAUGUCUGAUUGUAUCCAUUGAAAUGAGGGGUUUUCAUCUGAACAUUUUCUUUGAAUUGACCCAUUAGGAUCUGAAUGAUUGAUUAGUCAUAUAUCAUAGAAUUUGUAUCGAAUAUGGAAUUGUAUUUAAGGUCUACCCAAAACACAAAUCUAAAAUGCCAGAGAAAAGGCAGCAGUUCAGUAAAUACAUUUAUAUUGUAUAACAUUUAAAUUUAACUCAAAUUCAGUCAUUGGAUUUAUCAAAAAACCACCACAUUAAACUUAAUUGUAUGUUAGAAUAACCAACUUUUUUUUUUUUUAGCUGUUGUAAGAAUACGUAAUAUUGGAUCUUUUUAUAAAUACUAAGAUUAACCUGGUGAUCGAAAAUUGUUUUGAUGUUUACUUGAAUUAGAACCCAGGUGUGUACAGGUGAUGUCGUAGUACAGUCAGCGCUGCUUUACUAAGAGAAGGAAAAAUAUCCUGAAUAAACGGCUGUCAUUUCAUCAUUUGAAAAUACUGUAUCCCAGUUAAACAAAGUGACGACAUAAAUAGCACUGGGAAGAACCGUCACCCAGAGUUGUAUCGCGUUUAAGCAGAAAUCCCGAUUAGAUGGCGCUGACUGUAUGUGUAAAUUGAGCUUGCUCAAAUUUGUGAUUACCUCACUGUGACACAAUUGUCAGUCUUGUAAAAGUAUACCAAUAUAUUCCUACCCGGGGUGGGCAAGUUGGCAUAUUACUGGUGAUGUUACACAAACAAGCCUACAAAUAUGUCGGACCCUGUUCUAUAUGCACUUCCUUUCAGAUACAGGUUUGUUACACAGAACAGGUCACUUCUAAUUGAUGCAAUCGGCACAUCUUGAAAAAACACAAAAGGGAAAACCCCACACAGCACAGAAUUAUUUCGGACAAGCUAUACAACAAAAAAAGGUUUUCCCUAGAAGAUCAAUGAAAAGGAAAGUUCAAUAAAAUUGUCUUGCCUUCUUUCUAUACAGUGAAUAAAAUUUGUUCAGAGAAAUAAAUAGAUAUUUUCACUGCCAACCUUUCUCUUGGGUCCAUUGGUUUAGAUUCCUCAAACAAACUUUAUUCACAGCAUUGAAAAGAGAAAUAUGAAGGGCUCCACCACCAUAAUAAAUACCCACGCACUACACAUUAAAAUGAUUCUACUACAGUUAAAUUUGAAAUUAAGGCAUUCAGAGGAAAUGUGAUUUCUAUAGGUCAAGAACACAAUCAGAUUGCAGCCACCGUGCCCAUCCUUAAUGUUCAUAUUGCUAUUGGGUUCAAAUGCAGUCUAUGUUGCAAGACAUUUUAAACAGUCACAGUUCUACUCUGGUUUUAUACCCAAAAUAUUCUAAAGUUUAUUAGCAUUACGUUUUUGGUAUAAAUGGAACUGUUGCCUUGGCAAUAAUGUGCGUUAUUUGAAUAGUGUUUGAUGAUCAUUUUUGAACACUAAUUUGAAACAUUGUACUCUGGUAGGGAUUAAACUUUAUUUUUUUCUUGGUGAUGA